AUGCCUGGAAGAGUGAAAGUGCGAAUUGUUGCCGGUCGAAACCUUCCUGUAAUGGAUCGCACGAAUGAGACGACUGAUGCCUACGUUGAGGUUCGCUUCGGCUCGACCACGUACAAAACGGAAGUUUGCCGGAAAACAUUGUCACCGCAGUGGAAUUCCGAGUGGUUUCGUUUUGAGACCCAAAUCUCAAUCGGAGACAAACUUCUUAUCGGAGUCGCGACUGGAACUGCGUGCUAUUUUGCUGCAUUACCUCCUCCCACCGUUCCGAGGAUUCUUGCCAGCCAUUCGUCUUCCUCCAUGAAGUCCGAGAACGGGGACGGGGAUUCUUCUGUGAGCGACAUCCAGAAGAAACUGUGUGAGCUUGUUGCCGCCAACAAGAAGACGUUCGGGCUUGCGAAAACUCCGGAGAUCAUCGAAGCUCCGCGGAUGGCGUUAGAACGGGCUCAGCGUGUCAGUGACUCGGACGAUGAACAUCUGCCACAUCUUGACCUGUCCGCUGGAAACAAGGACACCUGCGUUUUAGAAAUUGAUGACUGCGAGGAUUUGGAUGUGAUCAAUUUGCUCAUGGAUCCGAAGCCACCGCUGGAUUUCGAGGUGUCGAAUAUAGAAGAUUAUAUUUGCAAUGGAAGGUCGAAAACUAGCAACCCUCAAGAUACGUUCGUUGAAUCUGAUGAUGAGCUUCCUCAGAAUCAGCUAUUCACCAAAAUUUGGCGAGGGAAUGUAACACCUCCGUUCACUUCCAAGGAUUUAUCCAGAAUCAUGGACCGAUUGAUCCAUGGAACGUGUUACCGGUUCAGGAAAGCCGAGCCUAAGAUUGUACGCAUGGUACGAGUGAAUGUGACAUCCGUGGAAGAAGACGAAUUGCAAGUUAUUUUGACGGGCGUGAGCUUAGGAACGCCUUCAUUCUCUUACAAUAUGAACCACUGGAAAAAGCUUUCAGCAAGCACAGAGCCCAGUGUUGAGUCGGAUGCUGAGACUGUGAAGAGUCUCAAGGAGUCAUCGGAUGGUGCUUGUGAAACCGAGUUGAAGCCUUCGACAUCGAGUAUUGGAAGGAAGCCUUCUUCGAAUCUUACGCUUACGGUUCCUGACUCAGGCGUCAAUAGGAUUGUUGCGGAGAAUAGUUUCGAGUUGCCGACCCCUGUUUUGAUCACACCAUUGACUUGGAUUCACGGAAAGAAACCCGAAUCGUACCUGGGGAAUUUGAAUUUCUUCUUUGUGCGAGAAACGAUGAAUGUGAAAGAGUUUCACUUUCGCAUUCCAAAAGCGAAAGUGCCGAACGAGCAGCUGUUACAGUUGAACCUCGAUAUCCCGAACCUCCAUGACACUCGUAGAAACAUAGCAGGAAGCAACGGCUUCACAACUCGUAUCAAGCCCGAGUACACUCCCGUGACCCACCGUUACGGAACUAAAGGAUGA